CUAGCGUGUUAGCUUUUUGCGGCUAGCUUAUCCGUCACCGUGUCAGUGUUAUGUCCGGUGCGCAAACGUUGCGGUCCCGUUUGCGCAUCGAUUGCGACGCAGCGCAAAAACAGCAACAACAACAACAACAAUGCGCUUCGGAGAGGGUCCUCACCUCAGGCUGGGAUGAUGCAUCCUUGUCGAAACAGCUGGGUGCUCGGAGGAACUCAUGACUGGCUCGUUCAAACCGUCGGCCGCUACACUGUAGUAACUACCGUGUAAUGUCUUCGACGGUAUCUGCGGGGGUACCUUGAAGCGGUGUUAAUGGGGCCGCGCUCAUUCGCACCGGAAUUGGCCCCCCAGUCAGUUCGACGCUAAAAGCGGCCCCCGACCCAUGACGGAGUACUGCGAGGACGGGGGGCUGCUGUAUGAGCCGUCACCUCCCAUGCACAUCAAAGUGGAGUCUCCCGAGGGACACUCUGCGGGGGGGGCUUCCGACAACGGCUUCCCCAGGGAUGACGACGACUCGGAGGGCAGCUGUGACCAGAGCAGUGGACCGCGCGGGGGGCUGCCCUUCAACGUGGUAGUGGUGCACCCGAAACUCAUGGCGCCCGGCGUGUCCUCAGACGACCUCUUGUCCAUGGAACAAAACAGAGCGAUGUCAGCUGCGCUAGCAGCCAACGGCGCAGGCAAACGAAAAAGUCGCUUCAGCGGCGCGGAACUGGAGGUGUUAGUGUCCGAGGUGACCCGGUGCGAAGGGGAGCUGUUCGGCCCGGCGGGGAGGCUCCGGCGGCGCGAAAGGGAACGCAUAUGGGCCGGAAUCCUCGAGAGAGUCAACGCCGUGUCCAGGGUCCCGCGUACGCUUCGGGAGGUCAAAAAGCGUUGGGACGACCUGAAGAGACGCAACGGCGGCCGCCUGGCGGACGCCCGCCACCGGAGCUGGCCUCUGCCGCCCGGCAGGGCGUCGAUGCUCGGGCAGUCUUCCCAGUCCAGCCCCAGGCUUCAACACGGCCGGCAAAAGCAAAGCUCCAGACCAAAACCCACUUUCACGUGCUUCCCCGAGUUGGACGCUGGUUUUGGAGGCGAGGGGUCCGAAAAAGAUGCUUUGGACAAGGAUGACGACAAUCCAGAUCACGAGAGAGAUAUCGGGGAUCUUGACUGCGAGGACGAAGAAAACAGCAUGGAAGACAAAUUGGGUCUCGGAUUAGGACUGGGCAUCGGCGCGCCCCCAACCUCGGAACGAUGGCUUCCUCCCUCCCCGCUGUACAGCGCCCCUUUCUUAAACGGCAGCCCGGAGCCCAGCAGCCCCCAGCCGUCGCUCGGGGCGCAGCACGGUCCCCUCGAAGCCCCGCCGCGCGGCUCCUGGCUCGAAGACGAACUGCGGGGUCUCGGCGAGGCGGCCAUCCAGCUCGGAAACCGGGUGGACAAAAGUCUGCGGGAAUUCGCCGACUGUUUCAGGCAGGACAUGAGAACGCUGGUGGCGUCGCAGGAGGCCCUGGCGCUGAGUCUCCAGCAAAACAACGUCCUCCUGCAGAAGCUUUUGGGGGUGCUGGAGGCGCAGCAGCAGCAGCAACGCGUGCAGCAAACGAACCACUCGCGGACGUCGCAGCAGCAACGCGUCGAACUUUCGCAGCAGCAGGUCGAAGACCCGCGCCACGCGGUCCAACAGCCGCACAAACUCCACCAGCUCCAGCUAGCGCAGCUAUCGAACUGCCCCUCCGCCGGAGCCGUGCUUCCGCCGUCGCCGCCCGCCCCGCAAACCUCCUUCCCCCCGCGCCCGCCCGCUGGCGUGAACGGGUGCACGCAAAAACUGCGACGGGGGAGACCCCUCGAUCAGAGACGCAGGAGACGCCGCUGAAAAGCAAACGGGCCGGCUGGCGGUUAAAACCACUCACCGGUUUCCGUACUUGAUCGAUAAGGAUGUAACAGUGUAUUAUUAUUAUUUUUUUUCAUAUUUGGGGUUCAGCUUCAGAAAUACACAUUGCACUUAAAAGUUGUCCUUUAGAACUAUUAGAUGUGAGCUUAUAGGGUGGCCUUAAAUUUGAACUCGACAUAUUCUUGCGCUAGAAGACCUCCGAACAAGUUUUGUUGAUGAGCAACUAGACUCGUGUAGUUCUUCAUAGUCCAGAAUUUAUUGAAGAUGUUUACAUUCAUGCUUUUCAAUUGAGCUGGUACUGUAAAAAAAAAAAAAAAUAUAUAUAUAUGGUCAUGUCAUGAAACGUCUUCAACGUUUGGGAACUGGUAUGGUAACUGGAACGUUUGGGAUGUUUGGCUUUCAGACAAAUUUUCAGGAGGACUCUAAAAUGGACUCAAUGCGUCACAGAUGGACUUAAUUUGACCUCGAAACUCAUGAGUGCACACGUUCCAGGAAUGUUUCAGUACAUUUUGCACAGUAGGGAAAUUAUGAUCAAUGAAUUGACCAAAACAUUUUUGGGCUAUGCUCCGAUAGAGCUCGUGCACAUGACGUCGCCAUUUUCACGGCGCCGUAUUGCAGGUCGAAAAGAGCUGCUCGACAUUGAACCGGAGCAGAAUUUUUACAAUACCCGAGAACUGUCUUCAAAGAGAUCAUUCUAUGGAAUACCAGCUGAAAAAAAAAAAAACUGAAAAUAUCGAUGGAUUUCGGCAAUUAAACAUGACGGAUGGUGCCCAACCAAAAUACACAUACGCUUGUGUAGCGAUCGCUUCAUUUCAGGUAGGAAUUAUUCUUCUCAAUCGCAAAUUACCCAAAAAUAUUUACAGUACUAAGUUGACUCAUUUGAGAACUCUCGCAGAGGUUUACGGAGGUUAAGUGUGGCCUCAAUCGCUUCCGUGUAGGUUCCGUGGAGACGAAUUUGUCCUCAUUUUUUUUUCCAAUCAUAGUUAAUGAAUGCGAGUUUGUGUAAAACCAGGGGUCAUUUAUUUAAAUAUUGGUAUUUGUAUUAAAUACUAGCUGAAAAGAUUGGAUUUCAGCAAAGGUUAACAUGUAACCGAAUACGCUUCUGCGUUCACGACCCGUCGACCGUCAUCUUUUUUUCACGCAUAGUUAAUGAAUGAGACUUUGUGUAAAACCAGGGGUCAUUUAUUUAAAUAUUGGUAUUUGUAUUAAAUACUAGCUGAAAAGAUUGAUGGAUUCUGGCAAAGGUUAACGUGUAGCCAAACACGCUUCCGCGUUCACGAGGCGUCAAGCGUCUUUUUUUUUCGUGUGUUUGUGUAAAACCAGGGUUCAUUUAUUUAAAUAUUGGCAUUUGUAUUGAAUACCAGCUGAAAAGAUCGAUGGAUUCCGGCAAAGGUUAACGUGUAGCCGAAUACGCUUCCGUGUUCACGAGCUGCCGAAACCAUCACUGUGUGGGAUUUGUUCCUGAUGAGAACAGAUCCAGAAACAAAGUAUUUGUACGCGUCCAGGCUUUUCUACGCUUUCAAACCUUUCCGUGUAAAUCUCGACAACUUACUCACCAGAUCCACGUGUCGAUCCAGUUGUCCCAAGACAAGCGGAUUAACAGUCCAGUUUCUUUUCGGCGAAAACAUCGACUUCGGCAUUAAAUACGGGUCCUCUAUGCCGAGUUGAUCUAAUUUUUCCACGUACGGACGUUUAUUUUCACCUAAAUGUCUCGGAGAAGACUCUGUGCGUCGUGCUACAAAACAUAUUUCCGUGUCAUCUCCAACCGACUUACUAUUGAACAAUGCUUUGCCAGACCGGUCAUAUGGCGGCGUAAACAAAAAUCACGUGAUUUUUUUUAUGACGUCAGUGCACGAGCUCUACAGUUAGUUCGAUAUAAUUUUUGAUACCCAAGAAAAACUCGAUCAACAGUACUUUGCUUUUGCGAGGCUUUCAAGAAGAAAUUUUGGGAGGGAAGCAGCGACUAAGAUCAAAAACACCCGUUUGUAAAUUUUCCCCACGCAAACGUGCAUUCAAAUUUGAUUAUUAUUUCUAGGCUCAUCUUGAAAUUUCACCCCAAAAGCCCAAUAUGCUGAACUUCUUGUGAUUACUGUAGUGUAUAUUGUAGUUCAACAGCUAUUGUAACUACCUGCUAUCGUACGCCUGUGUUUUAACAGUUUCAUGGUGGACACUUCCUCAGCUUUGGCGACACAUGAAAAAAUGUGUUGCGUUUGACGCCGAAUGAGAUAAACGGGAAAAAAUCGCACCAGAUUUUGCUUGUCUGCGCCAUCAAGUCAAGCUCGAGGCUUUAGCGUCACAGUAGACUUGAGUCCAAUUGAGGACGAUUAUAUUACCGCAUGCUGUAAGAUUUGUGUGUAGGUUGUUAAUAAAAAAAAAAACACGCACAUUGCAAUCAUAUUUAUAGUUUUGCACAAGCUAUAUUUUGUAGGUAUAUAAUGUAUGAACAAAUAAAAGUAAGACUGGUUGAUGGCCUGUGGAAUUCUAGCUGCGACGAUUAUUACAGGGCUGCACGGCGCGGGUAGCGGGUUGUCACGGCUGAUGUUCGGGAGUUUGAAUGUUCUUCAUGCUCACACACGCCAUCCCCUGCAUUUCGUCGAUUUGAGUAUGGAUUAUAGAUAUUUUUUUUAAAAUGCAGCACAGUUGAGUUUAGCACAUCUGGGCUUCAAAGCAUGGAUGCGUGUUCUCCUCACUGAUGUAAAAAAAAAAAAAAUAAAAUAGACUGGAUGGCUCAUUGGCCAUCAAAACUGAAGUUGCCAUCCGCCAUCUUCAUACUCCCAAAACAACCAUGCCGACCUGUGAAGCGUUAAUCGGCAGUUUCGUGGCUGUGAGAAAAGAUUCCACAGUUGUAGAAACGGUUGAGAAAGUGCGGCCAGAAGACCAAGCGCUUCCCGUUCCUGGGGAAAAUCGUGACACGGUUGAGCGACCGAGCUCGCCGACAGAACUACCUGAGGAUCCAGUGCAGGAUGUGUACUCGAUAGAAUACGUGAUUGAAGAUCACGGCGACACAGGCAAAGGGGAUGACGGUGAGUUACCAAUUACCGGUAAGUCCAAAAAGUCUCGAAUCGUGUGCAAUGAGUGCGGGACUUCAUUCCCCCGUCGAGAGAUGUUCUACUAUCACCGCCACUACCACGCCGACAAGGAUGAACUGGUUCCCCUCACCUGCAAAGAAUGCGGCCUUUCCUUUAAGGACCGCCGCAGCCUCAUGAAACACAAGCAUGUGCAUAAAGAGGAGCCAAAGUAUCAGGACGAAGCUGCUUUCCAGUGCGCCGCGUGCGAGAGGUUUUUCCCGACGGCACAAAAGCUGCGGCUCCACCAAUGCGACGAUACGGAUGACAUGCCUUACCAUUGUACGCUGUGUCGCAAGGAGUUCCUCGUAAAAUGCGCCGUCGCCAAGCACAUGCUAAACCACUCGCAUGAGGGAAGCUGGUCUUGCAAGGAGUGUGGUCGCAGCUUCCCGGACUACAGGACGUUGCGCUGCCACCAGCGCUGCCACCCCGUCCUUAAACCUUACAAAUGCCCGGACUGCGGCAUGGCUUUCACGCACAGCUCAGUCAUGGAAGUCCACCGGCGCAAGCACACUGAACGGCUGCGCUCUUUUCUGUGUCCCGUUUGCGGUAAGACCUUCAAGUACAAGGACCACUUUCAAGAGCGUCAGACUCAGCGCUUCAGUAAGAAGCCCUCCCGCUGUCCUGAAUGUGACAACAAGCUAACCAGCCAAACUGAGAGCCCACAUGAAUUGUCAUGAGGUGGCGUACGAGUUCCCGGAGACAAGAUUCCGGCCACACCCCAAAGAUAAAAAAAAGAUUUUGGAGGAGGUUGGUCCAGGAAAGCUGCUUGAACAAAGAUGGCAACAACCCAGAGUCCAAAAAGGGACGUCGGCGGUCCCGACUCUGAAGACGAAGGCAACAGCGUGGAGGACAAAGUUGGCCUCGGGCCUCAUCCAACCUCAAAAACGACCAACGGCAGGGCCGAGCUUAGCGGUCCUCGGCUGUUCCUCUGAGCACAAAACGAGGUCUUGUCGAAGCUCGCCUCACGGUUCCUGGCUUGGAGAUGUGGAUGUGGGGAUUAAGUUUGGAAGACGCGUGGACCGAGCGCCUGUCGACUGCGUCACGCAGGACAUGAGAAGAGGCGUCGGUCCUAACUUUACCCAGCAUGCAAUUUUGCAGACAUCACAGUAACAUUUUCAGCAGCAGUUUCAAGUACAGUGUAUCCCCGCUAUUGUUGGGGAAUGUUGCAAAAUGAAAUUUGUAAUCCCGUACAGAUGCCACAAAAUGACAGUAAAUCACUUAAAAUGCAGCAGAUUGUAAAGCAUCACAUGCCGCUUAUCCUCACGAGGGUCGCGGCGAGUGCUUCUCAUCUUCAUUUGCGUGCACAGGGAGCAUGACGCAUUCAUGGGCGCGCUGGCGCCUUAUCUGGAAGGAAAGGUGAAUUGAUGGCUGAUGUGUUAUGUAAUGAUCUUAAUAUUGACUUAACGGCUGUAGACCACAUUUUAAUUUUGCAUAAACAAUAUGAACAAUUUGCAGAUUAUUCAAUGUAUUCAGGCGGAGCAUAUGGUGCUUCCGGCCUAUUAAAAAAUAAUCUCACGGUGCUCCACUAAAUAUAAAUGUCAUAUGUUAUAGACUGGAAAAAAAUGAUGGUCUUGUGUCAGUUGUUUUUUAGUUAGUUAUUUUCUGCCAUCUGGAAGUGGAAGACCAUUUAAUAAUUGUCCUACCUGUCACUGCCCUAGAUAGAUAGAUAGAUGAAAAAGUAUAUUUGGAGUAAAUACAUUUUAUUUGUUGAACCAAUUAAAAGUAAGUAAAAAAAAAAAAAAAAAAGAUAAUUUCUCACCUGAUACUCCCUCAAGACUCAUUAACGUGCCAUAGCAAGUUGCUUGCGAAUGAGUUGUAUAUACAGGAUGAUGCAAGCAAAUUACUUAUCCUCACGAGGGAGUGCUGGAGCCUAUCCCGGCCGUCAAUGGGCAGGAGGCCGGGUACACCCUGGACUGGUCGCCAGCCAAUUGCCGGGCACAUAGAGACAAACAGCCGCAGUCACACCUAGGGACAAUUUAGAGCGUCCAAUUAAUGUUGCAUGUUUUAGGGAUGUGGGAGGAAACCGGAGCGCCCGGAGAAAACCCACACAGGCACGGGGGGAACAUGCAAAGUCCACACAGGCGGGGCUGGGAUUGAACCUGGGACCUUAGAACUGUGAGGCCAACGCUAUAUCGGCUGCGCCGCUUUUCCACCUCACAUGAAAUCAUGAAUCUAAAAAAUGACGUUAUUCAGAAGCUACAUUAUGAAAUCUUCGUGACGCUCAUCUAUAGUACUAAGUAGUCCACUAGCCGAAAUAACACACAAGUACAAACUGACGUGACGUCACACUUGGGCUAACACAUCCUCUCUAGCACAUUUCAUAAAUAAUUCAACUCACCUUUUGGCACACAAUAAACAGGGAACAUGGCAAAAAUAACCUUUCGUUAUAAGUUUUCCUUUGAGCGAGGUGCAUUCAAGGACCCCCAACAAUACACCUCAAACAAACUAUCAAGAUUCCACAAGUAGUACUUUCAUCUCUGAGCUCACACAGAAAUGGCGAAUGGUGAGUUUUCAGCGGAUAGGUUAAGUUUUGAAUGGCGUACCACAAAUGGGCGGGGCUUCUCUAUGUGUGUUACGCCACAUAAUACGACAACA